GUUCCCCGCCGCCUGCGCUGAGCCGCGGAUCUCCCCCGGACCUCCUCCAGGAUUUAUUCAUUUCCUAUUAAAACUUCACCACAAGCCGAAGCGCUCCUCCCAUGGUGUCCCCGGGAGAGUCCCCGGCACUCACUCGACUUCACGGAAACUAUCGGCGACCGUUCGGGGGUCUUGAAAAAUCAUGGAAACGUGGUUUUUGAAGCACGUCUUCGGUUUGUCCCUGUCGGUCCUCCUGCUGGGUCUGCCGGGGCCCCUCGGGGCACGGCCCCCCGCUAACAACAGCACAAGCCCGGUAACGGAAGGAUUUCAUUCUUCGGCGGCCACGGAUGAACCCAGUCAUGCUGAAAGCGUCGCAACUUCAACUUCAUACUCCAGCGAGAGUUUGUCCCCAUCACAGAGGAACCUCCUGCUCUCACACGGUGCUGAGACACACGCUGGAAACUCGGACACUGCGCAGACUAAACCCUUCACAGAAACAAGCAGCAUGUCUCUGGGAGACAUAGGUUUGUCCACUGAGCCUCUUGCCUCUACCCUGGUAACUACCACUGAGGCUGGAAGUAGCAGCACGAGCAGCAGCAGCAGUAGUAGCAGCACUAACAGCAGCAGCAGCGGUGGCGGCAGCACUAGUAGCAGCAGCACUAGCAGUGGUAGCAGCAGCAGCAGCGGCGGCGGCAGCGGCAGCACUAGCAGUAGUAGCAGCACUAGCAGUGGUAGCAGCAGCAGCAGCGGCGGAAGCACUAGUAGCAGCAGCACUAGCAGUGGACUUUACUAA